AAUUAAAAUGCAAGUUGUUCGAAUUCAAACCAACAUCCGAAGUGCUGAUAUUCCAGAAAAGUUUGAACAAGAUGUGAUCUACAAUUUAUCAGUUGUAAUGGAAUUACCAGCUGAUAAAUUCGUGAUUAUUGUUGAGCCGGCAGUUAGAAUGAGAAUUGGAUUUGAGAAUAAAGAAAUUCCAGUUGCAAUUGUAAAUUUCCAAACAACCCGGCCUUCUUCUCGAAUCGAAAAUGACUCAUAUGCAAAAAAAUUGACAUCAGUGCUCAAUGAGCAGUUGAAGCUUGAUCCCGCCCAUAUUUUCAUAUCAUUUGAUUUUAAAGAUGCAAAAAGUUUUGCAACUCAAGGGAAGACAAUUGCUUCUUUGUAUGAAUAAAUUUGUAAAAAAGUUGAAA